AUGGCGCUGGAGCGGGCGCUGCAGGCGGCGCGACAGGGAGACGUGGAGGCGCUGCGGGGGCUGCGGGCGGCCGGGCUACUGCGGCCGGGGCUGCGGGACGCCCUGGGCGCGUCCCCCGCGCACCACGCUGCCCGCGCCGGUCGCCUCGCCUGCCUCCGGUACCUGGCGGCCGAGGCCGCGCUCCGCGGGGACGCGCGGGCGCGAAACGGGGCCACGCCGGCCCACGACGCCGCCGCCACCGGCAACCUCGCCUGUCUCCAGUGGCUGCUCACGCAGGGGGGCUGCGGCGUGCAGGACACAGACAACUCUGGUGCCACCAUCCUACACCUGGCAGCCCGCUUCGGUCACCAUGAGGUGAUCGACUGGCUCCUCCGCUUUGGAGGCAGCGAUCCCACGGCAGCCACCAACACGGGAGCGCUGCCCGUCCACUACGCCGCGGUGAAAGGGGAUUUCCCUUCCCUGCGACUCCUUUUGGGACACUGCCCCAGUACGCUGAGUGCCCAGACCAAGACGGGGGCCACCCCGCUGUACCUCGCCUGCCAGGAAGGCCACCUGGAGAUCAUCCAGUACCUGGUGCAGGAUUGUGGGGCUGACCCCCACGCACGCGCUUAUGAUGGCAUGACCCCACUGCACGCCGCCGCCCAGAUGGGCCACAACACCGUCAUCGUAUGGCUGAUGAGCUUCACAACGGUGAGCCUGUCGGAGAGGGACGCCGAGGGGGCCACGGCCAUGCACUUUGCUGCCAGCCGUGGCCACGCCAAGGUGCUGAGCUGGCUGCUGCUGCACGGUGGGGAGAUCACUGCCGACGGCUGGGGCGGCACGCCGCUGCACGAUGCCGCCGAGAAUGGCGAGCUGGAGUGCUGCCAGAUCCUGGUGGUGAACGGUGCCGACCUCAGCAUCCGUGACCAGGAUGGCUACACAGCAGCCGACCUCGCCGACUACAACGGCCACAGCCACUGCGCCCAGUACCUGCGCACCGUGGAGAACAUGAGCGUGGAGCACCGCGUGCUGUCACGAGACCCCUCGGCGGAUGGGGAAUGCCGACAGCCCGACUCGGGCAUGUCAUCGCCCAACACCACGGCGUCGGUGCCCCAGGCGCGCUUCGAGGUGGGCUCCCCUGCCAGCACCCUCUCCAACUACGACUCCUGCCACUCCAGCCAGUCCAGCACCGGGGAGAAGAGGGGCGGCCCCCCAGGGGCCCCCGCCGCCCGGGUGCCUGAGCCGGCGCUGGCGGACAUGCAGGCGUACAUGGACAUGCUGGACCCUGAGAUGCGGCCACGGGGCCGGGGCCCAGCAGGCGAGGGUCCCCCGCCGCCGCCACCCCCUGCCUUCCCCCCGCCACCACCCCCACCCCCCACCACCCGGCCACCCCCGCCACCCCCUGGCUACCCUGCACCUGCGCCCCCCGCUGCCCCCCACACCGCUGACAUCUACGUGAGGGCCAAGAACAACCUGCGGCAUGUGGAGAGCCAGGCGCUGCGCCGAGAGCUGGCAUCGCGUGACAGCAGUCCCGAGGGCCUGCGCCGGGCCGACUCCAGCAGGCGGUCAAGGAAUUUCGGCAAGCAGCCGAGCACCGGUGACUACUACAAGCACCUGGGGCACGUUGCGGCCGAGCAGCCAGGCCCCCAGCGAAUGGCGCACACCGAGGAGGCAUCAUCCAUCUCGGCGGACACCAUGAGCAAUGGGGAGAGCAAGUCUGGUGCCGAGCUGCCGCCUCCACCCCCGCCCCCACCGCUGCCCGACACCGCCUGCCCGACGCCCCCACCGCCGCCCCCACUCGCCGAGACUCCCGCCGGCCCCCGCCGCUCCUCCUCCUCUACGGGAAGAGGAAAGGCGCUCAGGCAGAUGAAGAGCACCAAGUCCUUCAACAUGAUGUCCCCCACCGGCGACAACUCGGAGCUGCUGGCCGAGAUCAAAGCUGGGAAGAGCCUCAAGCCAACGCCACAGAGCAAAGGCUUCACCACUGUUUUCUCCGGCAGCGGCCAGGCAGGGGCCAACGCAGAGUCGCCAGUGUCCUCCCCGUCACCCACCAGGACGCCCACCCCGCCGGCCACCCCCGAGGCUGCUGGGCCGCCACGCUGCCUGGCAGGGGGCUCUCCAGAGCCAGUGCUGAACGGAAGCUCGCCGGUGCCGGCAGCAGGCGCUGGGGCGGCGGUGGAGGUGGAGGCGCUGGUGCCCAGCCAGGACGAGCACGGUCGGCCCAUCCCCGAGUGGAAGCGGCAGGUGAUGGUUCGCAAGCUGCAGCUCCGCAUGCAGGAGGAAGAGGAGCAGCGGCGCAAGCCUGGGAACCGCUCGCCGCCCCUGUGCCGGCGCGGGCCGCCUGCCCGCGGGGGCAUACCGGGACCCGCCGGGCAGCCGAUGCGGGAGGAGGACAUGCAGCACCUGGAGAGGCAGCUGGGGAGCCUGCGGGUGAUGCACGAGGCGCAGCCGGGGCAGCCGCUUCCAGGGGGGCCGGAGGAGGAGCUGCUGCCACUCGUGCCCCUCUCCGCACCCCCGGCACCCCGGCGCUUCGCCCUCGCCCACGAGGACGCUCCCGCCCGCGGCAGCCAGUCCCCCCCGCUGCCGAGGAGAGCGGCCGCGCCCCCAGCCACCCUGAGGGGCCAGGAGGGCCCUGGGGCGGGGGGAGCAGGGGCCGGCCCCGGUGCCCAGCACGACGCCCGGAGCGAGAUCCUGGGCUGCGGUGUCUCUGUCCGCAGCCUCAAGGCCAACUACGAGGGGCCAGGGGGACCCCCCGCACCUGUCCCCAGGGUCACUAAGCGCAAGCGGGUGCAGCCCCCCGGUAGCACCCGCCGGCCCAUUCUGGAGGAGGAAUACGGGGAUGGGGCGCUGCGGAGGAGCAGGCCAGCGCUGCCAGAGGCAAGCAGCCCACACGAACGCACCAAGGGGUGCAAGGAGCGCGCCGUCUUCCUCUUCCUGGAGCACUGGAAGAAGCGGGCACUGGCGGCAGCGCCUGGGGAGGAGCGGCCUUGGCGGCCGGGGAGGCGGCGACCGGCAGCGGGGCGGCUGUUGGCCCGCUGGAGGAGUGUUGCCCGCCGGGUCCCGGGGCGUCAGAUCCGGCGGCUGAGCCGCACCACAGUGCUGUACUGGCCCCAACACUUCCUGCCCCACGUCGGCGGCUCGCCCAUGCCCCACGACAGCCUCCCGCUCGACCUCUUCAUGCUGGGCUACUUCCAGCUGCUGGAGAUGCCCCUCAGCCCCGAGGAGCGGCGCUUCCGCCACCUCCUCUGCUACGAGAUGUUUGACCGCCUGGGCAGCCACAGCUGGCACCGCGUCCGCCGUUUCCACCGCACCGUGCUGGAGCAGGUCGAGGCUGGCCACCGCCACUGGCUUGACGGCUUUGAGGACCUCGUGCAGGAGUUUUUUGGGGAUGAGCCUGUGGCAGUGGUAGAGAGCCUGCCAGAGCCCCCCACCGUGGCCCCGGAAGGGCAGGGGGCAGCAGUGCCAGUAGCGGAGCUGGGAGAGUUCAGCGAGGAGGACGUGUGCCGCUUCAUUGACCGCAGCUUCUCCUUCUGGAAGGAGAAGGAGGCAGAAAUGUUCGACACCUGAGUCCAACGGGAUGCUGCAGGCUGUGCCAGUGGUGUGGCACGGGGCAGCAGCAAGCUCAGGGGACAGCUGUGGGCUGGUGCCCGGGUGCGCUCGCCUGCCUCCGUGGCUGGUGGCGCAGCUCAGCUUGGCAGAAGGCUGGGCGCUGUUCUGCGCGGCCCCGGGCCGAGGUUGCAGUGUGUGCCGCUUGCCGUGGCUGUGUGUUGUGCGGGAGGCGCAGCGGCGGGGCUGCUCUCCCCUCUGGUGUGGCGUUUGCGGUGCCGGGGCAGUGUGGGCCCCCGCGUGUCGUGCAAUAAAGCUGUGGUGUGCUGCAAGGGCUGGCCACGCCACGCGCUCCUUCCUCCUCCCGGCGCCGGCGGAAGGUGGGCACUGAGGGGCGCGUCGGAGCCAUGUGCCGGUGAAGCCCACCGGUACCGUGCCGAGGAGGGCGCUACCAGAAGGAUGGGGUGCCGCGCACCAGGAUGAGCCUGCGGCCCCACGGUGCCGGCAGUGAGGGCGGGCAGUGCCGGUAACACGGCUGUCUG